AUGAAUGAAUUGCUUUUAGCACUGAUUGCUAUUAUUUGUAUAAAUGUUUGUAUUAAUUGUGAACGACUUCCCGAAUGGCAUAUAAAAGUGGCUCAAAGACAAGGGCCCAACACUUGUGCGGUGGAAGAGGUUCAGGAACUGCGGCGAAGACUUUGGACACAAUGUCAAUACUGGUUGAGACGAGACGUGUGCGGAUAUCAGCCUGUGUUGCGAUACGUGUGCUGCGACGGCUACACCAGACAUAGCACUCAAUUUGGAUGUCCGGGAGUGAAGCCGUCGAGAAAUCUAUUGGAAAGGGCCCGGGAUUUAGGAGCGACUGAUUUCAUAAAAUACUCAUUAGAUUCACAAAUAGGCGCUGAUUUGAUUGAAACCCAUUCACCGCUCACUCUAUUCAUACCGACUAAUGAAGCCUUUCGGAAUCUGAGAGGAAUUCCUCGAAGAAUAUUCGAGGCCUUCAUCGGAGCCACGCUUUUGCAUCAUAUAAUAGCGGGUCGUUUGCAUACGAAUGGCACCCAUAAUGACAAACCCCUGCAGACCCUACUCGGGGGCCAAACCAUACGAAUCAAUAAGUAUUCAAAUAAUGUGUUUUACGUCAACUGUAUUGCCGUCACCCGUAAGGACCAGUUGGCCACCAAUGGUAUCAUUCACUUAAUCGAUGGCGUAUUGAUUCCGCCCAAGAGUUGGCCACUGAAGUCAGUGGCGGAUACACUUGGAAUGGACACCAGGUUUAGGCAAUUGUCGCGACUUAUGAGCGAAACUGAUUUAUUGAAGAGUUUCGCCAAACGUACGGACACUCUGGCCAUACCUUCUUCACACCAAACGAUAGGGCGUUUCGUCGACUAA